AUGACUGCAAGCGAAAGUGAAGGAAGUUACGGAACUAUGUUGAGCUCGUUUACGACUUCCGUGAAGGCCGAUCUGGACAGUCCCGUAACAUCCAAUUUUGGAAAUCGUAUUGCUGAAUAUCGUGCUGAAGCACAACGAAUUGUUGAGGAAGCUGAGGGUUAUACGGGGGAUUUCGAACGGCUGCGUAAAGUUGCAAAGGAGGUAGAGGAUACCUUAGUAAUUCUUACAAGGCAGCUUCUCACUUUUGGGCAAGCAGCAAAAGAGAUUGCGACCAAGUGGACUUCAAGAUCAGAAUCGCAGUAUGAAUCUGAUGUAGCUGUUAUACUUAUGAAAAUGGAAUGUCAUAUCAAAGACGAAGCUGAUUUGAUGAAUUUACAAAUGCGAAACUGGCAAAGCAAUAUUGUCAAUCCUUUCAUAACAUUAGUGGAAAUCGGCCGUGAAAUCCGCAAUAGAGGGGUUGAACGAUCAUGUCGUGAUUAUGAAAAUAAAUAUGUGAAAGCUGAAGCUGAUGCAAGGAAGCAUGCAAAACAUGCUGGUUAUACCAGAAGCCAGUUAAGUCAUGGUGAGUUGGCGGAACAGUUAUCACGGGAAAGACUUAUGGUACAAUAUGAAUUGUGCAAGUUCUUAAUGUCUGUUGACGCGAUAGAAGAUCGCCGUGGUCCGCAAUUGUUGCGACAUUUCAUGGAACUUGUUCGCAAUCAAAAUUCGUAUUACAUGAAUCGAGUGAGAGUGAACGAGGAUUUCCGGCAAGAUAUGACCAAGCUAGAGGAGCGAAUGAUGACACGGAAUGCAAAUCGAUGCGCCCAACGGAAUAUACUUUGGGAUUUAAAAGGCCAGUUGGAAGCGAAUGAUGAAUUUACACGUUGUGCUUUAGGACAUCGAUCGUCGGGGCGUGACUCAGUGAAUUUCGGUAGUCGUUUGUCGGGUAUUAAUUUAGGCAGUGUCAACAAUGCACUUUUAAUGGAUAAUGAUUCGUUAAAUGAAUUGGCUACAAGUACGGCUUUCUUCCCAGAUCUUGAUUUCACUCAAUCUGGUUAUUUGUACAAGAAAAGUAACAAGAAGUUGCACAAACAAUGGCAAAAGCGUCGUUGCCGCAUCGAGGAUGGGCAUUUCUGGCUUUCACAUUCCGAUGAAUCUGUACCACCAACAAAACUGAGCCUACUUGUGUCGGAUUGUAAACCAUCAGCCGAUGAUCCGAAAUCUUUCGAUUUGUAUUGUCGUGAGAGGACAUAUCAUUUGCAGGCUGAUUCAGAAACUGAUGCAAAAAGAUGGAUGCUUGCAUUAAAACGAGAAAUAACAAGAGUUAAGACCAAAAUGCUGUCCGCUGAAACACCACAGGGAAAUGAAAGCGGUAGUGGCAGUGCUGUUACGGAAAUGUACGAGAGAAAAAUGUGUAUCGCGAAGGUACGGCAACUUCCUGGUAACAGCUCAUGUGCUGACUGCUCAUCAAAAGAAGAUGUGCAGUGGUUAUCAAAUAUUGGUGCAUUAGUGUGUAUUGCUUGUAGUGGUGUACAUCGUGAAUUGGGUGUUCAUAUAAGUAGGAUACAAUCACUAAAUUUAGAUGUCAUAUCGCCGCUGGAGUUUCUUGUACCACUUUCAUCAGGUAACGUUAUGAUCAAUCGUUUGUUCGAAUAUGAUGCAACCAAAUGUGCGACAUGGAAACCAAUUCCAGGAUGUACAAGAUUUGAUCGUCAGCGUUUCAUCCAAAUGAAAUACCGCGAUCGCGCUUUUGUACAGAAACUUGAUGACCCCGAUGCAUUUCUCACUGAAGCAUUUAAUGAUGGCGACUUUGAGAACACAUACAGAUCAUUGCUUAGUCCAAAUUUAACGAAGAAACCAUUUUUACGAAACGGACCAUUUCAUCAAAUGGUUUUAAGUGGAACUUCGUUAUCACUGCCUCUUGCGGAUUUGGUCAUACAAUUAAGAAUUGAAAUUUCCGACAUGGAAGCAAUAAUGAUAGAUUGCAUCCACUCUGGAAAUGCCGACAUGGUGGCUGUUUUAUUACGCUACCGCUCUUUAAAUUCUACCGUUCGUGGUAUACAUUUGAACUCACUUAUCACAUGCUCUGAGAAAGCUCAGCAAAAGAAAAUAACUGAAACGUUGAAGUCAUUGCAGUUAGGUAAUAGUACUCCGGCCCAAAAUGUGGCUGUUCCACCAAUUUUGUUUGUUUCGACGCCAGACUCAGCAUCGCUGAGUCGAUCAUCGUCUUCCGUUUCGCCUUGUCCACAUUUUCUAUCUGAUUCAACUAGUUCUCAGAAUUUCACGUCAAAACCAGUUAAUGUUCUCAUGCGAAAUGGUACUACUAUCUCCGUUCCACAAUCAUCUUCAUCUAUGGAAGACACCGGAAUCAAUCGUUUAUCUACGCAAAUUUUUGUUGAGAGUGAACCCACUUACUCUUCGGUUGGAGGAGGUACGGUACAAGUUAUUGCUUCUGGCUGUUCUUCAUUAGGAACUUGCGGUCAUUACAACACACAGCCAACUAGUUCCAUGGACUCUAAUGGGGGAAGAAGUUUACUGGCAUUCGAAAUACCCUUGUGUACUUCGACGCCAUCAUCUAGCGUUGUCUCCCCACGCAUAGCUGCACUUUCAAAUCAUUAUUCUCCGACACUACCGACUUCUUCCACAUUAUCAAUUUCGGCUGCCCCGACGCAAAACAGGACAAAGUGUUAUACUCGAUCAACUAGCGAAUAUUCACGAACUGCGAAUCAUUCUGAAGAAUCUAACGAUAGGUCGGGCACGGUUAGAUCUCUUCCAGGACAUCUUGCUCCAUCGCAAACCAGUUCCACCAAAGUUAGUAAUGGAAUAAUGGAAACAACAUUUCCGAUCGUUUCAUCGAUGAGUCUUGAUCCUCUUCCUUUACGUGCUCAGGAGAUGAAUAUAUAUGUAGUCGCUCCUGGAAAGGAAGAAAUAAUUAAUAAAGAGAAGUGUGUAGCGGAGAUACGGAAUGGGAGAGAAGAGUCCACAAUAAAUCCACAUCCUAUAGAUGAGCAAGACUUUGUUAAAGCAACAUCAUCGGCUUUUGAUCAGGCACGUGCAAAUUUCACAUCGUAUGAUGGGAAUACUCUCUCUUCUCUGAAUCCGUUAACAGUAAAUGGUUUACAAAGGGAAAUGCAUCGGUAUACGUCGAAAAACACGCGGUUAACGAGACCGGCACCUGCACCGCCAGCAUUAAUCGGUGUCAAACUGAAACCACCGAUUCCGGCGCCAAGACGUUUUCCAUCUCUCACAAGGGGAAACAAAGAGAGAGAUUAUGCGCGACGCUGUCGAGCUUUAUACGACUGUAAGGCUGAUAAUUCUGAUGAGUUAUCAUUUCGGCAAGGUGAUAUAAUAGUGAUUACGAAAGAAAAGAUUACUGGUGAAAAUGAUACCUGGAUGGAAGGAUAUUUGGAAAACAAUCCGUUGUGCAAAGGUAUAUUUCCAACAACAUUCGUCACAUUCCUGUCUUGA